AUGUCUCAACUGCAGGAAGAGGCCCACAAUGCGUCAGUGCUAGAUGUAACAGCAAUGAUGCCCACCUCAAAUCGCGAAAUAUACCUCACAAAUAUUGAAAAAUUUAACCACUUAUUGAACUGCCUUACUGGUCAAGCUCUAGAGACAGUACAGGCAUUUCCUAUUUCGAAUGAAAACUAUCCAAAGGCUUUGGAUAGGCUUAAAUCGCGCUAUGACAAUAAUAGUCUAAUCUUCGCCGAAAAUAUCGCGACACUAUUUGAUCUACCAGCAGUAUCGGGUCAGUCAAGCCAACAACUCCGUAGUCUGGUAAACAAUGCAUCCGCUUUGUAUGGUCCACUCUGUUCGCUAGGUACAGAGAAACAAAUAUGUGAGGCUCUACUUAUCUCGCUAAUCAUGGAAAAAACGGACGCAAUUACACGUAGGAAAUGGAAUGAAUCGCGUAACUUCGACACAUUACCCAGUUGGGAGGAUUGCUCAAAAUUGUUGGAUAGGCAUUGCCAGUUUCUCGAAUCACUCGACAGUGGAAACGGCAAUCAGUCAUCACCACAACGUAAACCUAAUAAUCUUAACUCCAAGACUAACAGACGCUCAAAACAAUACGCAUUUGUUGCAUCUACAUCCAGCAAUUCUUGCUCAAUUUGUUCUAGCAAUGAACACCUAAUACAGAAUUGUCAUCGUUUUAAGGCACUGGAGGUGGUUCAAAGGUUUGAAAAGGUGAAGGGCCUUAAACUCUGCAUAAACUGCUUAUCGCGACGCCAUCAUGUGGUUAAUUGCACAUCAACGUUUAAAUGUAAGGUUUGCGCAAAGCCACAUCACACUCUCUUGCAUCAUUCGCAAUUACCAACGAAUAUUAAGAGCGCCGGAUCAUCACGACGCACAGAACACGCCGCUAUGCCCAACGACAAUGUUGCCAGCCAUUCCCAUCUUAACAUGUCAUCGGCCGAGCAAAUAAUUCUAGCCACUGCAUUGGUUUUAGUGAAGGACUCAUCGGGAAGUUAUCAAGUUCCAUCCAAUACACCUCUCGCCGAUGAGCAAUUCUUUAAAUCCAAGCGCGUUGACCUUUUGCUUGGAGCUGAAAGUUUCUUUGACAUUUUGUCUGUCGGUCAAAUCAAACUAGGUGAAAAUCUACCAGUACUUCAAAAAACACUAUUAGGAUGGAUCGUAUCUGGCAAGUACAAGGGUCAGCCAUUUGCAUCACCAGCAGCAAAAUGCCUAUUAUCAGUUGAAGAUACAAUUUCAGAUCAAUUAGAAAUGAUGUGGAAGAUAGAGGAAGUGCAACCGGCUGCAAAGUCAUGGUCACCAGCACAUGUUGCGUGUGAGUCAUUAUAUCGUGAAACGGUCCACCAAAAUGCGACGGGAAGAAUUGUCGUUCGGUUAUCAUUCAAGGAUUCGCCAGAUUGUCUUGGUUUGACACACAAUAUCGCCUUACGCCGUUUUUGUUCUGUAGAACGGCGCUUGUCAUCUAAUCGUGCACUAAAGCAAGACUAUCAAGAAUUCAUGAAACAAUAUCGAGAGCUCGGACACAUGACGCGUGUUGAAACUCCGAAAACCAACGAACCACAUUAUUAUAUCCCUCAUCAUUGUGUUUUAAAACCGUCGAGCACAUCGACCAAGCUGAGGGUGGUUUUUGAUGCGUCAUGUCCAACAACAUCGCAACGUUCAUUAAAUGAUAUUCUACUGGUCGGCCCGACAAUUCAGCCGGAGUUAUACUUGUUGCUACUUCAAUUUCGUUUGCACCGAUAUGCCUUGACGGCUGACAUUGUUAAGAUGUACCGACAGAUACUGAUAGAUGAACCAGAUCGAAAAUUCCAAUAUAUUUUUUGGCGAGAUACGGAGUCCGAUCCUGUUAGUACUUACGAGUUGAAUACAGUCACUUAUGGUACUGCAUCAGCACCUUUCUUAGCAACCAGGAGUUUGCAAUAUUUGGCGGACAAAUUUGAAACACAAUACCCAAUAGGCGCUGCACUCAUUAAAUCAUCGUUCUUUGUCGACGACUUCUUAGGUGGAGCGGAUUCCAUUGAUCAACUCACCAAUAUCAGACAUCAGUUAACGGCCAUUCUACAGAAGGGUUGCUUCGAUCUUGACAAAUGGCAUUCAAACCAUCAUGACUUCAUCAGCGAUACAACAACAAAGAGUUUGAAUCUUGAUACAGAUACAGUCACCAGCGCCCUAGGCAUCAAGUAG